GGCGACCAGUUCAUCGUUGUCUGUCAAGGCUUCCAGUCCUCUUGGAACUCGUGUGUGUUAUCGUGGCACGCCCCAGAUAUCCGUGGACGAGCAACAAAUCGGUUUUUAAGUCGCCACGAUUGUCAGUCAUUUCUCGACUACCGUCGAUGGUCGCAAUGGUAUUGCGGAGUUAGCACAGUUAUGAAUGCCCGCGUUGUACUUUUGGUGGUCUUCUUGUUGACUGAUCUAUCAGCGUCGCCGGCCGAUCAGAACGACGCUGGCAGAUUGAAAAGAAGCUCACAAUGGGGACAUUCCCCUGAUUCUCCUGGUCGUGGACGAAACAAAUUUAAUGCACAAAGAGGUCCUCCAGGUGGUCGAGGGCCUCCUGGACUUGGUCCACCUGAAUUUCCACCUGGAUUAUAUCGUGGUGGUGGUCCUCCUGGUCUUCCACCUGGAUUGAAUCGUGGUGGUGGUCCUCCUGGACUUCCACCUGGAUUAAAUCGUGAUGAUGGUUCUUCUGGAUUUCCACCUGGAUUAAAUCGGGGUGGUGGUCCUCCUGGAUUUCCACCUGGAUUAAACCGUGGUGGUGGUCCUCCUGGACAUGAACCCCCUGGACAUGGGCCUCCUGGACAUGAGCCUGGUCCACCUCAUGGUCCACCUGGUUUAUAUAAUAAAGUUGAUAAAGAAAGACAGAAUUUCGAUUAUGACAACGACAAACCACAGAAAAAUGAUAACGUGUCAAAAGAUUCAUCUUCGAGAGAUGGUACACCGCGUGAUGAUGAAGAAAUUGAGAUGUUCAAUGAACGAUUUUCUGAUGAAAAAACUCGGUGCAGGAAAAACGAGUUCCGUUGUGGAAGCGGCGAAUGUUUACCGAAGACAGCAAGGUGCGACGAUAAAUUCGAUUGUCGCGAUUUGAGCGACGAACGCGAAUGUGACAAAAAAUCGGGAAACGGCUGCGUCCUUCCCGAACAACCCGAAGGUGGAAGUUACGAACUGGGUGGCUGUGGUAAACCUUGCCCGAAACGUCCCGGAGAUAAAGUUCCUAGUAACAGCAUUCUGAAUUACACCUGUCGGCACAAUUACAUUUUGAACGGAAGUGCCGUUCCUGUUUGCUUCAACGACAAAUGGUACAACCUGCCCUCGUGUCUCAGGAUAUGUCCACCAUUGAACAGUACCACGGUGAAUAUUUUAUGCUCGUACCAAGGAAACGAGGUGUCUUGCACCGAUCGAAUUAAACCUGGAACGGUGGCGACUUUGUCGUGCAAGUCGUCUUACAAAUUGUCCGUGACGAAUGACCCAGCGUAUCGUACAGUCACUUGUCUAGAAGACGGAUUAUGGGACCGUCGUCUUUUCCGUUGUCUUCCAGAGUGUGGAAUACCCAUUUCACAAGGUAACACGUUGGUCGUGAACGGAUUCGAGGCAAAGUUCGGAGUAUUUCCGUGGCAUGUUGGCAUCUACCGCAAAAACUCAGCGAACGAGUACGAGCAAAUUUGCGGGGGCACACUUAUAAGCAACAAUCUAGUUGUAUCAGCUGCCCACUGUUUCUACGACGAGGUGUACAAUACAGUGCUUGACAAAUCGAAGUACGCGGUGGCAACGGGCAAGCACUAUCGCGAUUGGAACGAGGACGAGAAUUACGAGCAAAAAUCGAUGUUGGCCGAGAUUUUGACACCGGAACGAUAUAUAGGGGCGAGAGGGAAUUUCGCUCAAGAUAUAGCCCUUUUGAAAUUGACUAGUUCUUUCGAGUUAACCGCUCAGGUGCGUCCGAUCUGCAUGGAUUGGGACAAUAUGUACGAACGGAAACAGCUGCAAGUUGGCCAAAACGGAAAGGCUGUUGGCUGGGGCAAAACGAUUGAAGAUACGCCUAGUAAGGUCCUGCAGGAAGUGAGCAUGCCGUAUAUACCGUAUGAUCAAUGUUUAUUGGCUGUACCAUCUGAUUUCCGGGGAUACAUUACGUCGGACAAGUUCUGUGCCGGUAAUUUGAAUGGUUCCAGUCUCUGCGAAGGUGACAGCGGAGGAGGACUGUUCUUUCAAAUGGGGGAAACCUGGUAUCUACGUGGUAUAGUUAGCGUCAGCCCAGUGAAGGACUAUAAGUGUAAUUACCACACCUACACGGUGUUUACCUCGACUGGUUUUUUCCGGGAUUGGAUUCGCGAUGUUUUUAUCGCUACUUAAACAACACGCACGUUCACUCGUUUCGUAAACUUACAAGCUCGUUCAAUGAUCGAGAAUUGAGCGAUUCUGUAUCUGAUGAACAGCGAGAGCGUGUUCGUCAAAUUGGCUUUCGUCUGAGAAUGGAAAACGUCACCUCAAAUGAGACGAGAGAACGUCAUUGUAGAAAAUGUUAUCUUCGAAAAGUUACUUCGUUACAAGCACCAGAAUUGCUUUUACACCGGUGAAAAUUUGCACACCUUGGAAAGAUUAGUUUAGAUGCGUUGAUCUGGAGUAAUCAUUUCGAACGAAUAAACUUUUUAUUUUUAAAUAAAUUA